AUGGCGGCACCUGUGACCGAUUCUGCGGCCUUGCAAGCCUUCCAGCAGCUCAUGGUGGACGCGAUACCAUAUACCUAUUCCAACCCUUUUGAGACGGAUGCUGUACCAGACCCUGUCCUCGACCCGUCCGCGUCCUCGGCAUACCUUGAGGAGCUUCGAACGUACAAGCGCUCGACUGCCGAAAUGACCGCAAAUCGUCUCCUCAUCACGUGUCCCUUUGAGCAGCUGCAAAAAGAAGCUCUGAAUCCGGUUCAGAGACAUCUUCCCUUACUCAACCUGCACGCCCUGACACCCCGCCAAGCCACCGACCAUGUCUUCCAAAAGGAUCUCUUUAUGCUUCACAAGACGCGCCACUUUCGCGACGUCGAGCUGCCAGCAUAUGACGACGAUAUUCCAGGCCGAAAGGAAGCCCUCAUCAAGUUUGGCGAGCUCACGUUGGCCGCGUUCCUUGGGCCCAACUGGGCCGAGAAAGAGAAAGACAGAUACAAGAUCACGCCAAGCUGGAUCUAUAUUGAUAUGGAAGAUUACAACGCCAGCUACUUGCAUAGCGAAAAGCAUUUCCAGCAUUUGCCGACCUUUAACGCAGGGCGCCGCCUCAAACGAGGCGAUGACGAUGAGAUAAACUCACUCAACGUCCGCCGUGACGACCAUGGCGAUGAUAACUACGAUUUGGACUUUGUCUCUGACGACAGCGAUACCGACGACGCCGAAAUUGUUUUCGACGAUCCAACCAGCUACAUGCCUUAUUUUGACGAUAGGUCAUAUUAUGAGCAGCUCUUUGAUUAUUACGAGAACCCUCUUACGUCGAUGCAGCAUCUUGCGUUCGAAGCUGCUGUGACGGCCGCCGAAACGAGGUCCAGACAUAAGCUUAAGAUGACAAAGGACGGCAUGGAGAGAUCCAGGACAGGAAACAGGUUCGCAGCGAAAACGGAUGUAUAUGGGGGGAGCAGUCUCAAUGCAGCCAAAGAACCCGCCUCGAGCCUUGUCAAUCGUGGACAGGCAAAGCAGAAGACUGUAGAGGAGAGUGCAUUGGAAGCAAAGGUGGGAAAGACGCUUCCGGUAGGAAAGGCUGCCGAGUCGAAACUUUCUGGGCACAACGAAAACUCUGGGGAUGUCUCGAACACUCUCACGUCGUCUCAGAUCUCGAAGAAUCCAUCCAGCCAUACUCUGCCGGUGGGUGUCGUCAAGCUUUUGCCCAGUUUCACGUCUAGCAUCGCCUCUGUCGGUCUCAAUCUCGCCUGUGGGCCUCAGAAAGCAGAUUUGACACGUCCGCUGGCUCCGAGCAGCACCGUCAUCACUCGACAGGCUGACGAAGGACCUACUGCCAAAGCGGCUCAAAGCACGUUUCUGCAACAGACCGAAGAUGCGCUUGCAAAGAUGACAGCAGAUGCGCAGAAGCAGAAGGCUUCGACAAGCAAAGGUGCACACGAGAGUGCUGGCGACGAGGUUGAGUUCGAGUUUGCUGUGCUGGGCGAGUCGAGUACUGGAGCGGCUGGUAGCAAGUCAGCAACCACCGGAGGCAUAAGACCCAACAGUCAGGCGGAGCGGUCAUCUGCGGACAAGGCAGGGCAAGCUUCUGGAAGUGUCAGAGCGGCGAAAAGAGCUAAGGAUCGCGUUGGCAACCGUACGAAACAUUCCUCGGAUCAUCUCGGGCGCAAUACCACUUCCAAGACCCGUACAGCUUUGGCGACAGAGCAGCCUCAGUCACGUGAAGCCAAACCGGUCAGGUAUGAAAUCGUGGUAUACAAGAAAGCUUUUCUGCCCAGCCAACGGCCCGGUCGCGACCAUUGGCAUGGAUACGUCGGCUUGUAA